ACUUGUGCUGACAAAUCGAAAGCACCCCACAUCGCUUGACGCUGACACGAUCCAAGAUGGCUGAGAAGCAGGGCUUUGACUUUGCCAUCAUCCCGUCCAACACGACGUCGUACGUGUUGCGGGUGCAGCCAGGGCAGGAGAUUGUGGGCGCGCUGACGUGGUUUGCCAAGAGAGCCCGCAUGCGCGCAGGGUUUGUUCAGACAUGCGUUGGCAGCGUGUCGGAGGCCGUGAUUCGCAUGGCAAGCGCCACCGCAGACACUGAUCAAGCCAAUCAUAUCAAGCGUGUUGAGGGGUGUCAUGAGAUUGUGUCGCUUGUUGGAACACUGGCAGUGGACGAGGACCUGUCAUACAAACAGCACUUGCACGUGUGCUUGUCGGACAAGGAUGGCAACACGAUCGGAGGGCACGUCAUCUCCCUCAAGGUGUUCACAACAGCCGAGAUUGUGCUUGGGGAGUGCAAGCAGCUCGUCUUCUCGCGACCGCAUGACCCUCAAACAGGAUACGGCGAGCUGCAUGUCGGCGCACGCGAUCCUGAUGGCCUCGACUCUACAGCGCACGCCCCACCCUCUCCCAAGAAGCCCAAGGAAGCCUGA